AUUAAGAAACUUAACGAAAAUGUCGCGGAAUCAGUUGCCAGAUUCAUCCUCAUCUCCGCCUAUAAGCCAUUUACCAUAUCACAAUUUCGACGAUGAUUUAAUCAACGAACUGCCCUCUUGCAUCUAUGCGGGUCAACAUCAGAGUGGUGUCGGUGCAGCUAGUGGGGGCAUCUCGACCGGCGGCUCCGGCUUACGUCUUAACUCCAAUAAUUUAAGGCAUAUCCAGCAACAUUACUUACACCAGGGCAAUGAAAACAUGCUCGACUCAUCUACAAGCUCCAAUAAUCUGGUGCCUCUUAAUUCUAAUAAUGCCACACCCAUGAUGUGCAAUAGUCCAACGGCGACUAGUAGCGUCGGCGGUGGGGGUGGAGGGGGAGGUGGUCCAGGCCCUAGCUCGGCAGGAGGGCCCUCGAGUGGCAGCUAUGGUGCAGCGGCUGCGUCCAGUUACAAAAUUCAACGACAACAGGCAAAUGUGCGGGAAAGGAAACGCAUCCAGAGGUCCGCACCAACUGGGUACACUAAAUGUAGUAUCAAUUCGGCGUUUGAUGAGUUACGGGUCCAUGUACCCACAUUUCCAUAUGAAAAGCGUCUAAGCAAAAUCGAUACUCUGCGCCUGGCCAUCGCCUACAUAUCACUUCUGCGUGAGGUGCUCCAAACGGACUACGAUCCACUCACCUAUGUGGAGAAGUGUCUACGUGGCGAGAUCAAAGCCGACCGAGCCAAUUGGAAUACAAGCGAUCUAACAGCACGCCUCUCCUGGAUCAAUUGGGAGAAUUUGGGCGUGCACCCAGGGCGACGCACACUCCUCACAUCGCUAGCAUUGUCUUCGGAGCCAAUGUGUGGUGCCCAUUGUGGCAUGCCAUAAGAUUAUUACGUUUCAUUAGAACGAAUACGUUACGUGUUAAUCCGACAAAUACUGUUAUUCAAGGAAUAUUAUAAAUAUUCCCAUUAUCAAUCGAAUAGAAAGUUAGUUUAGUGGGUUUUUACUCCCUUAAAAAUGAUAAAUGGAAUAAUUAUUCAAUCUAAACCAGAGUUAAUAUCAUACAUUAGCAGUCAAAAGCAAUUAAUUAAUUAAAAAUCCCAUUGGAUUUGUGCGGAGAUAUUUGAUUCCGAAAAGUAUGCUAUACAUUAUAGAAACGCAUAG